CAUAGUAUAAUACUAUAGUAUGUUUUUAAAGUGUCAGAGUGGUGUUGAUGAGUAAUGGGAGUGGUCUUUUAUAAUAAUUAAUUUUUAGAUGAAAAAAAUAUUAAAAUGCUAUCCAAAAAUUGUAUAAAUCUAGCUUUAGUAUUUUUCAGUAUAUUUUGUCGAUUUAUAUAUGGACAGAAUCUUAACAAUACUAUUACAUGGUGUACAAUAUCCCAAGCUGAACAAGAUAAGUGCAAUGCAUUUUCAAAGGCAGUUGAUCGUGAAAAAGUAUAUUUUCAUUAUAACUAUAGAAAUAUUUCUGUGCAAUGCAAACAAGCAUCAAAUAAAGAAGAAUGCAUGACUAUGUUGGAUCAAGAAAAAGCACAAAUAACAACUUUAGAUCCUGGUGAAACUUUUAUAGCAGGACGCUAUCACAGUUUAAUCCCAUUUAUGCAAGAAAUAUAUGAAAAUGGUCUGAAUUAUCAUUAUGCAGUAGCAGUUAUUAAAAAAGGAUCUUUAUCAGAUGUUCAGAGAUUACAUGAUUUAAGGGGUAAAAAGGCUUGUUUUGCUGGUCUUGGAAUGCUUGCUGGUUGGGUUAUUCCAAUUUAUACUCUUAUGAAACAAGGUGGAUUAGAAGUUGUUGAUUGUAAUAAUCAUGUUAAAUCUGCAAUUAAAUAUUUUGGACCCAGUUGUGCUGUAAAUUCAUUAAUAGAUAAAUAUAAUCCAUUAGGUGAUAAUUCGGAUCAAUUAUGUAAAUUAUGUAUUGGAAAAAUACCUGGAGGAAGAUGUACAAUGUUAGAUCCUUAUGCAGGAUAUGAAGGAGCAUUUAGAUGUUUGGUAGAAGUAGGAGAAAUCGCUUUUUUACAACAUACAACUGUAGAUGAAAUGACAUCUACAUCAUUUGAUUUUAAUUUUGUAAAGAAAGAGCAAUUUGAAUUGCUUUGUCGAGAUGGUACCCGUAAAUCAAUUAAUGAAUAUGAAUAUUGUAAUUGGGGUAUUGUUCCAUCGCGUGCUAUAGUUACAUCAUCUGCUACAAAAGUUCAAACUCGUCGAUUAUAUCAACGGUUUUUAGAAGAAGCAGUCAAAGUAUUGGGGAAAAAUAAUACAAAUACGAUUGAUUUUUAUAAUAAUCAUUUCGAAAACCAAUCUAAUUUUAAUAAUAGAUUUGGAGAAAAAAAUUUUAAUAGAAGCGAAUAUGUUAAUGCAAAUGAAUAUACUACAGAGAAUUUUGGAAAUCAUAACGGAUAUGAAAAAAGUUACAAUGAAAAUAAUGCAUGGGAUAAAACAGAACCAACGAACAUACAACCAAUAGAAACUUUCAAUUUAUUUGAAUCAGCACCUACAUUUGGGAUGCAUCACAAUUUAAUGUUUUCUGACGUAGCACGGGAUUUUGUUUCAUUACCUGAAAAAGAUCAAAUGUAUACUGGUUACUUAGGCAAAUCUUUAGAUCCAAUAUUAGAAAUGCGCCGUUGUUCUGUUAAUAAAAUGACAUUAUGUAUUACAUCUGAUCCAGAAAUGGAGAAAUGUAUAAAAAUGAAGAUAGCAUUAAAAGCACAAUUAUUGAAGCCAGAAUUAAAUUGUCAUAAAGGUCAUAGUCAAAUUCAUUGUAUGCAGGCUAUUCAAAGUGGAAUUGCCGAUGUAGCAGUAUUAGAUACUAGUGACGUAUACACUGCCGGUUUACGCUUUGAUUUAAUUCCAUUUAUAUCUGAAGUUUACAAUUUACCUACCCCAGAAUAUUAUGUAGUUGCAGUGGCAAAAGAAGAGGACGACAAUACGGAUUUAACUUAUCUUAAAAAUAAGUAUACUUGUCAUACAGGAAUAAAUACAGCAGCAGGUUGGGUAUAUCCAUUAGCAUAUCUUAUUUCUAAUACUUGGAUCAGAGGCUAUGGAUGUGAUUCAGUUCGUGCUGCUGCAGAAUAUUUUAGUAAAUCUUGUGUUCCGGGUGCGCUUAGUACUGAAUACAAUACAGGAGUACCAUACGAUAACAUGUGUGACUUAUGCCAUGGUGCAAGUUUCCGCUACUGUCGCAGAGAUGCGUCUGAAGAUUAUUUUGGAUAUACCGGUGCCUUUAGAUGUUUAGUUGAAGGCGGUGGAGACGUAGCGUUUGUAAAACAUACGACAGUUGCGGAAAAUACUGAUGGAAAACGACGAGAAAUGUGGGCACGUAAUACUUUUACAAAAGAUUUUGAACUACUUUGCCCAGAUGGCACUCGUCGACCGACAACCGAUUAUGUACAUUGCAAUUUAGGGAAAGUCGCAGCGAAUGCAAUAGUUACUCGUGGUGGAUAUUAUGGUUAUAAUGAAACACAAAUAAACGCUUAUAUAAAUUUAUUUAUUUAUGCUCAACAAUUUUAUGGUAGAAAAGAACAGGACGAAUUUAGUUUUAGUAUGUUUUACAGUCCGCCACCUUAUAGUGAUUUAAUUUUCCAAGAUGCUACGCAGCAAUUGGUGAUAAUACCACCAGAAAAAAGAGAAUUUAGUGCGUAUUUAGGUCCAGAUUUUAUGAGAGCUAGAAGAAUCGUAGAUUGUAGAGCUGGUGCAUCAGCUAUAAGACAUUCAAUAUUAUCUACGAUAGUUAUGAUUAUACUUACUUAUAUGUUUAGUAGAUAAAAGAUUCAACAAUUUUUUUUUGAACAAAUGACUCUUUGUUGAAUAAUAUAAUAUAAAUUGCAUUUGAUAGAAAAGAAAAAAUUUUAGAAGAUUUAGCUAUAUUUACUAGUGCCUUAAUCUUUGUAUGGAAUAUGUUCACAAAUUAAUUAUAUUUUUUGUACUUUAUAUACAGAUACAUCGUUAACUAAGUAAAUAUGAUAAUGUAGUAAAUAGUUUUCCAUAAUAUUUAUAUUAUCAUUUUGCGAAUUUAAGACUAAGAUAAUAUUCCGUCCUUUUUCGACAUUUUAUAAGAUAAGAUUUUACUGCAUGUAAUAACUGUCGUUCAUUAAUGUUACCAUUAUUAUGCCGUCCAUUAAUAUUUUUAUACUUAUUGAAUAAAAGAUAGAUUUAUGAUGUCUUACUUA